CGCAAACGUCAUCGUCAGGGAGUCGACGUUCAAACAUGGCCGUUCUGGAGAUUCUCGCGAAGUAAACACACACCAAAUUCCUCGCAAUUAGGGAAGUAUUCCUUAUCUUUUUGAAAAUUAGGUGUGCUUUUUGGUAUGCUGAAUGUGUUGUGCGAACGUGUAGCCGAGUGUCACAAGUGUCAACGAGCUGUAUUUCGUGUUCAGUAAAAGUUUGUUCUGAACGACAAGCGAGUUAAAUCCACCGCCUCUUGCACGGCAGCUUAUGUGUACACACACGUACUGUAUACAGCACGCAGGAUUGACCGUGUACAGCUAUGUAGAAAGAGAAUGCCGCCUGCAGAUUCUGCCCAUCUUGUCAGCGGCUCGUGACCACAUAAACUCAUUAGAAACCGCAACCGGAAUGGCUUAUUUUCAAAGUUGCCGAUCAUAGUUGUUAUUAGUAAACAACGGUUUAAAGUAAGGCAUGUUGAAGCUGUAGUUUUGCUGUCGUAACUGGUUCUUCAACCGUUGGAAUAAUUUGUGUUGAUUUGGCAUGAUUGAUUGGAAGUGGAACUUAGCGAGUUGAACUAGUGAACUGAAGACGAAGUCAAGUCUCAACAUCAACAUCUCAAGAGUCAUGAAGAAGGUGGUUUUGCAAAGUGCAUCAUCGUACUUAUAGCAUUUGGUUAAUUGAAGAACAUUGAUACUGAAAAAAAGCCUUUACAAAAAUGAGAACUUCAGAAUCCUGACAAGAAUUCCUACGCAGAAUUUCAUUUAAAAUACACUGACACUCCGAUGCUGACCAGUUGAUGAGACACACCAAAGACACAGCUGAGGCCGAUAAAUAAAACUUUUGCGGCGUAAACUUGGUUUGAAGGUUGGCCAAGCCCGACACAUGCUAAGAACUUGUUGCCUGCUUCGGUUAGGAGUUGGUCGGUGACAGGAAAAUAUGAUGAACAUUUUGUCGUCCAUGAUGGCGGAGGAAAGUGAACUGCUGAGUGCAUCUGAAAUUAUCAAAGAUCGAUUCUACUUUGCUACCUUGAGGACGAAGCCGAGAAGUACAAUCAACACGCAUUAUUUCAACAUCGCAGAUGAACUGGUGUAUGAGAACUUCUAUGCAGACUUUGGGCCCUUGAAUCUCGGUCAGCUCUACAGAUACUGCUGUAAAGUCAACAAGAAAUUAAAGUCUUUCUCGUUAGCAAAGAAGAAGAUUGUGCAUUACACGACAUUCGAUGCCAAGAAACGUGCAAACGCAGCAUACCUUGUCGGGGCAUACUCGGUGAUUCAUUUGAAGAAAACUCCUGAGGAGGCAUAUCGACCGCUCGUUGCUGGAACCAAUCCACCAUACCUUCCAUUCAGGGACGCAUCCUACGGAGCCUGCACGUACAACCUGACCCUACUGGACUGCCUCAAAGCCAUCGAUAAAGCAAUAACACACAACUUCCUUAAUUUUGAAUCCUUUGACGUGGAAGAGUACGAACAUUACGAGAGAGUGGAAAAUGGUGACUUCAAUUGGAUUCUACCGGGGAAAUACCUUGCCUUCAGUGGCCCCCAUCCUAAGAGCAAGAUUGAAAAUGGCUACCCAUUACAUGCGCCGGAGGCUUACUUCCCCUACUUCCGCAAGAACAGCAUCACGACCAUCAUCCGCCUCAACAAGAAGAUCUACGACGCCCGGCGGUUCACCGACGCGGGCUUCGACCACUACGACCUGUUCUUCAUUGACGGCAGCGUGCCCAGCGACGCCAUCGUGCAGCAGUUUCUCACGAUAUCCGAGAACGCCGAGGGCGGGCUGGCGGUUCAUUGUAAAGCCGGUCUGGGUAGGACUGGUACCCUGAUAGGUUGCUACAUGAUGAAACACUACCGGAUGACAGCAGCCGAGUGUAUAGCAUGGCUGCGGAUUACCAGGCCGGGCUCGGUCAUUGGUCCCCAGCAACACUUUAUGGAAGAAAAACAAGCUAGCAUGUGGGUGCAAGGGGACAUUUCUCGAUCCAAGACGAAGCGGGGACAGUUGAGCUACAAGCAAGGAGUCUCGCACAUUCUCAGGGCUGUCGAUGACAUAUCCAUCACGGACAACGACCGGACAUAUGAGGCUAAACAGGAAGAGCCUUAUUCCCUGCGCUCCAAGUCGUCCCAUAGUUCCGUCCCAAUGACCCAGGGAGACAAGCUACGGCAGCUGAAGGGCUCGAGGAAAGCCCGCUCAGCAACCACGGGAGCUCUGAAGUAUGUGGGCGUGGCUUUGAGGGCAUGGGGGCGGGCCAGAGGGUAUCACCAUCAGAGGGAGGUGGAAGAUGCCAAAAUGCACACAAGAUCUACAUCCCAGCCCCACAGCAACCAAGCACUCAGAAACUUCUUGAGGACUAAGGCUUCAAGCAAAAAAAUCGCCGCGACGUCGUCGAGCCCCGUCGCAACCUCCCCUCUGAAGGCCACCAAGGCAGCCAGUCACAGUGCGGCAAGUCACAGCGCCGUGCCCCGCCGCAGCACAAGACACUCCGCAGCUGCCAGCUCACCCCUUAAAAGCACGACUAGGAUUAACAAAGAGUAUAGCACAGGCCAUAACGCAGGCGACUACGCGUUGCCAACGUCUCUGAAAUACCUCCCACGAUCUACUACACCAAUGAUACAGCAGUUGUACGCAGAACAUGAUAAAAUGUACAGGGGUGAAGACAGUAGGCGUCGUACAAGUCAGCGUAUUCAUACUACUAGGUCGUCUGUGCCCCAUUAGCUAGAGACUUCUCCCCCAAGGCUCCCCGCGACACUGCACAUACCUGCACACUGAAGGACAUUGAGAAGGCGUCACUGAUGGUAGAUUUCUGAGAAUGGAACAAGACGAGAAACGAUGGAGUGGCUGUAGCGGCGUGUCUGUGACUUUGAAACCGUAGAGUGGACCCGUUGUGCAUCCAGACGUUCAUGUUGCGACCAUCUGUUUUCGGCGUUCGCAGUCUUGUACACGUACCAUCAACUGUGUCUGUAUUUGCACCGUGCGUUAUCAGUUGAGGGCGCCAAACAGUCUCAUCUUUUAAGGCAUCGUGUAGGCAAAGAAGACCGGUUAUUAGAACAGUCAGGAGCCUACCGUACAAUAAUCCAGUUGUUGGACCUGAAGGCGUGUGAAGAAACGGAGGGUUUCAUAAUCUGUGUUGACCUGAAAAGGGUUUGGCCCACACACAUGUAUGCUUGGAUGCCCAGCGCGCAGCAAGACUUUAUCCUCAAAACAAUUUCUGUGCAGUUCAAUUUAUACAAGUGCGGUAUCUCCGACUUGUGUUUUUUUACUUAGUAAUGGGGAAAAGUCUCUAGUUUAAUACUUUUUUUUUUCUUAACAUGACAACUUGUAUCCUUUUCAGUCUAAAUGUAGCUUUUAGUUUAAUUUGUAUUGCCAAUAUUCUUGUAUGUGUCAUUUCUUAGCGUCAAUUCUAAAUUCCCCUGAAAAGGUUCAAGAUGUUGUUUGGAUGGAAAUGCCUGUUGUAUUUGAAACUGAACUCGCAUUGGGACAUGAGCCUUAAAGAGGCAUGUACAUGAGCCUUAAAGAGGCAUUUAAGUCAAUUGGUUGUUUGAUGUUUGUUAGACCAAAAAAUGAACGUAUCUCUGCAGAGAGAACCAACAGUUGUAGACAUGUCUAUUUGUGCAUGUUUUAAAGCUGAACAAAUGGGGGGGGGGGGACGUGUUUACUUUGCCAAAGUAAAAACCUGUGCCAACUUAAUAAUCGUCCUUUACACAUAUGUCCCAAUGUACGUUCACAAUAUUUGCACGUGUACAUAAUGUAGACUUUUCACCCACUUUGGGGGAAUUUUGUAGCAUCAAACACAAUACCUUUACUGGAGAACCUUUGUAUUCAAUCACUGUAAUUUUCUAUUUUUAUGAAUGAAUUUUUUCCAAUGAUAAUGGAAUUUUCAUAUUUUUCCGUAAGACUGUAGUUAAAUUACACAUGCAUUUUUAAACAGUUUGCAUAUAUUUCUAAUUGAUGUAUUUUCUUUUUUGUUUUCAAGAGAUUUUUAAGGAGUGUUACUCCGUUGGGAUGAGUAAAUGUAAUGUAGGAGUACGUUGUAUGUUACAUAAAAAGAUGCUAUUUUUGGAAUGUGUAUAGGAAUUUGUCUAGGAUAUAACACUUUUAUGAAUUAGUUAUCGGUGUUGAAAGUGUGUGUAUGUAGAUAACUACCGAUGAACAUAUCUUAUUGUUUUUCUUUUUCUUUUUUCUUUUCUUUUUUUUUCGGCUGCAAUGUGGCAAUCAACAAUUCUUCCAUAAAUUUCUUAAAAACAUGCCAAUUUUAUUUCGAAAUCUGUACAGAGAAAAGGUGCCCACAAUUUGAACGGGGCAUUCUGAAAAAAGGAAUGUUUAGGUUUGUAUAAAAAAAAAAAAAAAAAUCACCAAAUGUUGCUAGUCUAUUUUUCUAGAAAUUCAAGAAAGAGUAUUAUUGUUGUAAUCUGGAUGUUGGACAUUAAGUACUUCUUUUUUUCUUGACAGUGUAAUGAGACUCGGUCUUGGAAGGGAAUUUUUGUAUGUCUUGGGACAGUCUGCUCAAGAAUUCAUAUAUUUACAGUGUUGCGUAAUUCACGAAGCACAUUGAAAGGGUGGAUUUGGCGACAGAAUUUACGUGUAACUGCAUUGGUUACCUUCCCCCCCCCCCCCAAAAAAGUGUCAAAUAAUAUUUUUCUUCUGAACUGGUUUUUGCUUUGCUUUGCAGAAGCUAGGAAAUUGGUUGCAUCCUGACGCCACUUUUUUUCUUAAUCUUUUAUCUCAAUGAAGGCCAGUCAUUGCAAAAAUGUGGAAAAGACAUGAAUCUGGGACUGAGAUUCACUCCACUCUCCCUAGACUUAGUACACAACCAAAGAAGUGGUUUCUGGACACUACAUUUUUUCUGAGAAAAUCAGUUUAAAUCACUAUCUAGCUAAGACAUUUCACAAAGUUCCCAACUAAAAUACAAAACUGAUUAAAUGAACUCAAAGUGGCUCCUAGCUAUCCGCAAAUUUAUCUUUUGCAUAAAUUUAAGUUCGAUAUAAAUGUGAUUGACAAUGUUAUCUACGUAUCUCCAUUCCUGUGAUGUGACAUGUGGAAUUUCCUAGGUUAUGUGACUGAUUUUCAAUUCCUUAUGGAGCAACUAACGCAUGCAUGGCUAAAUUUUGUUAUAAUUCACAUUGAGAAUUGACCUUUUUUUUUUUAGUCCAUUGACAUACUUGGCUGCUUGUUUCAGCAUCUGUGACUAGAUUGCGGCAAAGGCAGGCAGCUUUAAGGUUUUCCACGAACAAGUUGUUUCCUGAGCAUUUAGUUAAAAUUUUUAUUGAAUUGUUAUUACAUGUAAGUUUUAAUUUUUAAUAGUAUCAGAACUUAGAAUGGGUUUGUGGAACGACAUCUUUCAUUUCCCAAUGCUCAGUUUUAUUGAAAUGCUUAUUAAUGUUUAUUGUUAAUUAGCUACUUAGUUAAUGAAUAUUGUUAAUGAUUGAAGAGCAAAGUGCGAGCCCCAUUGACGUAUUCAGCACUAAAAAUGUAAAUCUACAGAAAUUGACACAAAAAAAGGUUUGCGGAGCAUUGAAAAGAAAGCUAUCAAUUUAACUUUGAGACUAACAUUACCUAACUAGUUGGCAUUCUCAGGUGACGAAAUUCAAAAGUUUUUAUUGCUUGUACAAAAAAAAGGAAAAUGUAUAUUUGAGGCUGUGCUAUGUACCAAUGAAAUCCACUAUGCUGGCAGAUCAGUGAUUUUGUAAGAAAGGGUUGAAUGUGUUUAAAUAAUGCUUGUUUUGAAUGAACUUUUGGAUUUUUUUGUAGCACUUGAAGAUAUGACAGCACUCUUUGUUAAUUUGUCAGGCUUUGACAUCAAUUGGGUAGGGUUUCAUAAUUGAGCUGAAGUGAUGUGUGGCAAUUGAACGAGCCAACCUAAUUUAGAAUUAUCUACAUUGGCGAGCAUCUUUAAUUAAUGAAUUCAUUUUUGUGAUCACUGAGCAAUAAGCCUUGCAUAUCAAAUUUUAAGGUUUUUUUUUUAAACCGAGUUGGAGGCCUAAUGUGGAAUUCUUUCACGCGUGUUUGCCCCACUUUAUAACUGAAACGACUGUUGUUAUUUGCCGAUGUGCAUGGCAGGAUGCAUACAUCUGUUUUGCUUGUGUGACUUCACAUGCAUGAAUGUUUGAGAGAAACAUUUUGAACUUUUGGUCUAUUUUUGUGGAUUGGAUGUUUUGUUUAAAUUGCUACAGAUUUUACAAAUUCGACCUGAUGAAAUGCUUCACUGCAGUUUGAGUGUGAACCCCAUUUUGCACAGUAAUCACAAUUGACUUAAGAUUUACGUUUUUUAGAUUUUGAAUUUUUUUUAAUGAAUAUUAUAUUUUUCCUUUAAGUGUGUACAAUAAUUUGAUUGUUCAGGGCGGCAGCGAGUCUUAGAUGAUUUGAAUAACAUUCCGCUGUUUUUAAUUGUUUCGGUGUAAAUAUAAUUGUAAUUCGGGCUAGCUCUUCAUCGUAAUGGUGUGUAUGCUGUAAACGGUUUUAAAAGCAAUUCUCUUCUGAAUUUGAAAUGAAUUUGCGAACGUAUUUUUGAUUACGAUGCUCAUGCAGAUAGCAGAGCGCGAUUUUAAGUUACUUCUUAAUGCGAGAACAGCUUUUGAAGACAUUUUUAAAGUUUGCAUCGCACCGAUUUUUUGUGCGUGGAUUGCAUUUUUUAAAAGCAUGCUUUGGAUGUAUUCAAUUCCUAACAUGAAAAUGAAUAAAUUUACGGUAUACAGUUAAAUAGCUAGAUAUUUUGCAACUUUAAAGUGGCAGCUCCGUGCCCGGGAUGGGGCAACGAUAAAAACACUGACCCUGACCAUGUGGUGUGAACAGUUGAAUACAAAUAAUUUAAUCUUGGGGCUGUACACCACAUUUUAACAUCCCGUAGCCAUCUGAAAUGACCGUCUGUCUUGGUAGUGAUUUGAAUAGGACAUUAAUGGGAAGCCCGUUACCGAACCGUCUCUCUGGAUAUUCAGAUUAGUUUUUCACUGGAGACCGGGCGGCUCGCUUUGGAACAUAGUAUUUUUGUGAUAAAGGAAUUAAAGUUUCUAAGACAUCAGU